UCUUAUAAUAAAUGAGUGCAAACCAAUAGCCAAAUUAAUAGGAGCUCUCGGAUGAAGGUAAUUAUUUAAUUAUUAAUAAUAGAAUUCAUGAAACUUCAUGCUAAACAAUUCUACAGAACUCAUGGACAAUUGAUCGGAAGCAAACCAUAAUAUAUCCCUGUUCCUAAAGAAUAUAAUGAUAACGGAAAGUUUACAGAUGUAACUAAUUAAAUCAUAAUAGCAUUUACUUAUGGCAACGAUGUACAGGAAUAAUAGUCUUAAUACUACAUGCGACAAAGAACGCUGGAUUAAUGGUUCAAAAGAUUGGAUGGAACAUUUAUAAUGAAAUUUAUAUAUACAAU